AUUUUCCAUUGUAUGUUGUAGAUGUAGUGUUGUUGUUGUUCGUUCCUUCCCCUUCGAUAAAUGAGUAGGCAGAUUCACACACUUAUGGUAUAGGUAGAGACUACGCACAUGCACAAGAGCUUGAAGCACGAAGCUAUCAGAAAAUCAAUCCUCGCACGGCUCCGCUCUUCCAGCCAUUCUUUCGCGCGCAAUUCGUAGCAACGUAGAAAUAAACCUGCGCGCAAUGCGACCCUUCAACAUAGCAACUUAGAAAUAAAUCUGAAGUGUUCGCAAAGCACUGCUCUUCCUUUUGGUCGCUCCCCCGAUUAAGAAAUAAGAUGAAUUUGCAGCUUCGAUUGUAUUUAUUAAGCCGCCGAAUAGGAAUAGCGACGAUCACGAUAUUGGUACAAUUAUGAGUCGCUGCUCUCCACGACCACGAGAAGUUGUCGUGGUGCCAUUUCCGUCGUCGCGUGACUACAACACCUGAUUCGGCCGUAGUGUAGUCAGGCCUAUCCUUCCGGAAGCUAGCGUGCUAGCGCCGAGCGUUUUUCUACUUCGAGUGGCGCAUCACACGUGAAGAUGACCACGCCUUCGACAGCAACAUCCAGUGGCGCAGCCAGUCCUAUGUUGCAGCAGCAAGUUGCUCAUGAAGGUGGCGUCCCGUUUUCGUCACAUCCUUCGAUUUGCCGCAGUUUCGAUUCUCACACAAGCAGUCAGGGCCCUCCGUUGUGCACAGCAACAGCAGCGGUCACUGCUGCCGCUUUUCUUAAAGAGGAUGACCGGAGCUGCGGGCAAGGAAGCCCCUUCAGGAAUUCGAUGGCAAGAAUCCAGAUGAACAAGCAGCACCCUUUUGCCCAGCAUGAAAGUGCGGAAAUACAACACGACCAGAGAAGUAGUCCACCUGGACCGGGACCGCGACGGGACGUCGAACAACAAGGAAUAGCAAGAUCAGCCCGCCGCAGCGACCGUUCCGCCCAUGUUCUUUUCGAUGCUGUUUUCCACUCCAGCACGCUGUACGUUUUGGCAACGGGAUUGUUGUGCGUCGGAAGUUGGUUGACGUUCGAUCCGAAGGAGACAGGCAACCCGGCGCAGUACUUCUUCGUCUCCGGGUCGAGCUUGUUUGUUGUCAAAAGCGGCUUCGAAUGGUGCAGGCGAUUUCGGGGAAUUUUGAGAACAGAGAACGAAAACCCCCGUCCUACGACCCGCUUUAGCACAACAUCGGCUCCUGCAACAAGCAGCAGCACCAGUGGCACCGACGAAAACAUCAACUACGCCCCGCGUGGCCCCGAUCAGCCAAUGUUGGUAUCAGUCAAGUCCGCGCAUUCUCACCCAGGUGGAGCACCAGAACAGGAUUGGACCGAUGUCGAGGCUCAAACCGUGAGCAGAACUACAAUAGCAACAGAUGGCUCUUCAUCAGAGGUUUCAUUGGAAUCGCUUCCGACCCCGAACAGAACGUCGCUCGUAUGACGAAGCAGCAUCACGAAGAAAUGCGCGGGCAGUUGAAUUGCGAGCGGCGAGAUUGUGAUGGAUGUAAACAACUAGCUACAGCUUGUGCACGCGGGCCGCUGGCCGCUGGCCGGACAAGCGGCAGAACAGUUCAGAACCAGAUGUGAAGGAGCUGCUGGGGCGUCUUUGUGUCUUUCAGGCACGUGAUACUACCUGGCAGAAAGAUUCUGCAGAUUUUGAGCUUCAGUAUGAUCUUUAUUCGAGCAGCGUUGACCUAGAUUCAUGUUUCCGUUUUUUAGAACGAAUUCACAGCCUGCUAUACUAAGUUUCAGGGCGAAGACGAAUAAAUACACAAGUAUCGAAGAAAAAAAGUGUUACUGUUACACAUUGCAAAAAAAAAGCCGAAUAUUUUCAUACGUUCAGUAAGAAUUUUUUUGGCACGCAGGUCGGCGAAAACUUCGUUUCUGAUGAAUGACGGAGACAUGACGAAUGCAGCCAGCCACCGGCCCCCUCAGUUACGUCCUACACUAGCUAGCUGAGGGCGCGCCUAUUUUGGCGCUCCGCUCCCAAUGGCUGGCCCGGAAUGCGGUUCGCUGGCCUUUUGUUUCCUGGCCCCAUCCCGUGACAACAUGAAGCAGAGAAUACAGAUGGAAGGGGACUCGGUCACAAGAGUGGCAAACCGCCUCCGGGUGAACAUUGGCAGGGUUUUGGUAGCCCUGUAGCGCGAGUGUUUCGCUAUCAAGCAUGCGCGGCUUGACUUGUAGGCGAGAUAUUUUCUCAGACACCCACGGAACAGCCUGCGCCCGCAGGAUCCCUGAAAUUCAAUCACGGACGUGGGGGCAGCUUCUUUUGCGUGGUGUGCAAACUUGACACAGAGCCUCUAGCUGAAGGCUCGCGCUUUCGCGUGUUUGCUUUCAGUCGAGGUGUUACACAUUUGGAAAAAAAAGCGGCAAUCUCUUGCGCAAAAUCACCCACAUUUUGACCCUCCCUUGAGGGCUGGCCAAAGUUACACUUUUUGGUGUGUAACACAGCAGUUUUUUUGCGAACCCCCACGGCACUCUGCGAUUUACUGUGUUACACAUUUCAAAGGGAAUCAAGAUUUCGCUCGGGGAGAAAAGUCUCGAAGUUGGAUUCCGCCCGGUGAAAAAAGUGUUACAUAUCGAAAAAAAAGUGAUACAGUUGCUAUUUUUUCUGGCCUUGCUUUGACCCCUCAAAAAAAUGCAGUGUGUAUCACUUUUUUUUGCAAUCCGGGUGGAAAGUUGGCUUUCGGGACAGGGCGUCGAUUUGGCCAGGAAAGGGCAAAUUACGUAGAGCCAUCAUGGCCACGAUGGGAAGGAAAAGGCUGGCACUGCAAAAGCGGCCGCUCGUCGCGUCAAAUGCCAGCGAGCGCUGUUCUGCGCUUUUCGCUCCCGCGCGUGUCGCCGUUGCGCAAGUCAGGCUGGAGGCGUCAAAAACGGUCGCUGCGGUUCGUCAGGUUUGCGACUAAGUGAAACAGCAGGCAUUGUCCCUCACAAGGUCGAAAGCAUCGCUUUGACCUUGGCCCGCUCUAUUGUUUCGCUGAGACAUUCUACCGCCGCCCGGUCUAUCAGUCACUGGAGUUCUCAAUCAGGUCCGCGACAUGUAGCAGCUUGCCUUCUUAGCUAUUCCAGUGAACUGAAGCAGCCGCAGCUACGUGGAGGCCUUCUUUUUGCCUGACACGAAAAUGAAAACGCAAUAGGCGUGACAGGUAGCCGCAGCUCGAAAAAAGUUCUAGCCUGCCCUUGAAAAAAUACGCUAUUUUCGAUGUCGUGUGUAACUGUAACACUUUUUUCCUUCGAUAACAUUAACAAGUAAGAAAUGAUCACUACUAGCGUCACUGGGAAAAACAAUGAAUCACUCUGGAAAGGAAC